AUGAACCAAGCUCUACAUGACGACCUGCAAGCGCUUGCUGUUUCCGAUGAGGGGCUGCUCUCAGAUACGCUCCUGCGAGGGAGGAACGGCGACAUACAUGCCCACCUGGCAUUGCUGGAGGUGCGAUGUCCACAACUCGCCGAGAAAGCAGUGCGAGAGCCCGGCAGAUCCCCUUGGACCAUCUCUCUGCCGGAAGCGAGCGUAGAGGCACUCCGGCACCUGCUGCUCUACCUCUACACGGACGGCCUCCCUUCAUCUUUUGAUGAGAACCCAGCCCCGGUCUUGGAUUUACUGGCUGUGGCCGGAAGCUUGGUGAGCCGGGAUCCUCCGUGUGCAUUUUCGGGAGAAGGUAGAAUCAAGAAGAGCAGGUUAGAAAAAAGCCCGUGCGAAAUGAGACGCUUGUGUGCUUUAUGCGAGCACCAUCUGUGCGCGUCUCUGACACAGGAUACCGUGGUGGAUGUGUUACAGACGGCCAUGAAGAUUGGCUCGAAGAAGCUGGAAAACGGCAUCUAUCAGUUUCUUGGAAAGGCAGGAAAUGAGUUGAUCAAGUCCGUGUCUUUCAACCAGUCAUUGUUUGCCGCCCUGGGCAGCGAGCAUCCAGAGGCUGUAGCACGUGCAGUUUCUGCAGCAGCUGGAAGCACCCAAGUUCUGCCAAGCGAGUCUGAGAGCGAUGCUUCGCAGAGCAUUGUUGUGUCGCCUUCGAAGUUUCUGCAGCAUCUUACCACUCUUUUCGAAUCCAGUCGUGAAGCGGACGGCACACCGCUGGAUCUCGAUUCGAGAAUUGACUGCUGGGUCUGCUGGGGAGUGCCGGAGACAUCUCAGCUGGCCGUGCACCGCUGCAUCCUCGCGGCGCGGUCUGCUUAUUUUGCUCGAAUGCUAUCGGCACCCAUGAGGGAAAGCUCAAGCGGACAUAUACCCAUCACGCUUCCUGUGGACCCCAGUUCUGCUGCUGUAAAUGCUUUGCUUCGAUAUUUGUAUACGGGCACAUUCGUAGAAGUGGAUGGCCAACACUUGACCGCCUGUGAUUUGGUGGACGUGCUGUCCAUCGUGGAUGGUCCCGGUGGCCGCAACUUCCUUCAGCUCUCUCAGAAAGCCUACUCCAGAGUACGAGAACUCGUAGUGGCGAUCCUAGACCUCAAAAUGCACGGCAACCACUCAAUGAUGUUCUUGCACAGAUCGAUAGCCCAGCAGAGCACUACCUUGCAGUCAUUGGGUUUCGAGGCAGCCUUGCAGGCAUGUAAGGCCGAGUGUCGCAAUCUGGACUCUUUCAAAACCUGCAUCGAUCGAGCAGAAGAAGAGUGGUGGACGCCGGCCAUGGUGCAUAAACUCUUAGUUGAGCUUCUUUGGCGUCGCUGCGCCAUGCCCACCGGAUACGAGCCACAGCCGCAGGCACGCAUGGCGGCGCGCCGGAAGGAAGAGUAUGAAUUCGUCAAGCUCCAUGACACGAAAACAAGUGAGGUGUGGUACGUGACCUGUGCUCAUUGGCUUGACACCUGGAAAGACUUCGUGCGUGGCCUUCGAGGGCCUCCUGAUCGGAUAACCAACCACCACUUGAUGGAUGCUUCGGGGAGCCCUCUUCCGGACAAAGAGCCGUUCAAGGACUUUCGCGGAAUCAACUUUGUUGUGUGGAGAUAUCUUCACGCUCGCUAUGGAGGUGGCCCGGAGAUCAAACGCCCUGCCGGUGACGGGUACAAAGUACAACUAUACGCCUAA